UUACUUUAUUUUUUGUUGUUUUCUUUUUCUAAAAGUUUCACCGUCCUUCGAAUUCGACUUUCACAAAACCUAGAAAUUUAGAUUUCUAGGGUUUUCCUUUUUUAAAAAAAAUAAAAAAAAAAUAAAAAAUUAUUCCCCAUUUGGGAUUUUUCGGAUUAGGGUUUCCAAAAUUCACUGUAGAUAGGGUUUUCAGGUAUCUAAUUGGAAAUGGAUAUGGAUAAAGCGAAGAUAUUUGUUGGAGGUAUAUCUCGAGAUACAAGUGAAGAUGCUCUUAGAGUUCACUUUAGCAAAUACGGUACAGUUUCAGGUUCUCUUGUUGCUAAAGAUAAGAUUACUAAAAAUUCAAGGGGAUUUGGCUUUGUUUGGUUUUCUGAUUCUGCUUUUGUUGAUAAAGCCCUUCAAGAUUCUCAUGUGAUUCUUGGAAGAACGGUGGAAGUGAAAAAAGCAAUACCCAAAACUGAACAGCUGCAGUUUCAUCGGUAUCAACAGCAGCAGCAGUGGCAAUUCCCCAACCAACAAAAGAAUAGCAGGUUAAGCGAGAGUAAUGGUAAUGGGAAUGGGGGUGAUUACUUUAGGACUAAAAAGAUCUUUGUAGGGGGUUUGUCAUCUAGUCUAACCGAGGAACAGUUUAAGGAUUACUUUGAGAGUUUUGGUAAGAUAGUAGAUGUAGUUGUGAUGCAAGAUAGCUCAACUAACAGGCCAAGGGGCUUUGGAUUUGUCACCUUUGAUUCUGAAGACUCUGUUGAUAAAGCUAUGGAGAAAACUUUUCAUGAGUUGAUGGGCAAGCGAGUGGAGGUUAAGAGGGCUGUGCCUAAAGAAGAAAUUAGUGGUACUAUUAACAGUAGCUGUAUUACAAAGGGUGGAAUAAGAGGGUCUUCCACUAACAGUUCUAGACCUGGAAAUUACCUUUCCUAUAGUCCUGGAUAUGAAAUUAUUCCAAGUUGUGUUCCUCUUUCUGUGUAUAGUGGCAGUGGUGUUGGAGGGUAUACAUAUGGAACAGGCAUCUAUGGGACCUACCCUCUGGUAGGGUACAGCAGACCUGGCUUUGGGGUUACACCAGUUGCCUUUAAUAGCCCUUGGAUUGGAGCCACAAUGUUUCCUUCACCUUAUAACAAUGCUUUCCUUUAUCCAGCUUACACUAAUGGCGGUUUUAGCAUUACAAAUACGGCGGUUCGUCCCGAAGGCAAUGGGAAACUGCAUGUUGAUGGCAAUGGGCAUCAGCCAUCUGAUGCCUCACCGCCUUCAGUUGAAGGCAUAAUAACAAAGUCAGGAGUUGAUUCUUCAAGCUUGAAGGGUAGUGAAGGGGGUUGUUCUAUUUAACAGGAUCAAAUACGUCUUAUGAACAGCUGAAGGCUUCUUCCUGUAGGUAGUUCUAGUUGAUCAUCCUGUACACAUAUUUCAUGCACAUUGAAGGGUUAGGAAUUCUUUCACUGACCGGGUUAGGACGCUUUUAACCACACCAUUGUUCAUAUGUCUGUUUCUCAUGUGCCAAUUCAACAUCAUAAACAUGUUGCUUGCAUGUGUCUUCUCUGGUUUCGGUCUCUUGUAAGUAUAUGAUUCUGGUGUCUACGACAUUGAUGCAAUUAGAUCUUAAAUUUUACUGCUC